UAACUAUGGUGACGUCUGUCUCAAACCCCAAUUAACCUUCCCACUCUAUAAAAACACCCACACCACCACGACAUCUUCCUUCAACUAGCACUUCUUGUUCAAGUUGGCCUCUUGCCACCUCUCUAUGUUUUUCAUUAACACCAUGCAAGUUUUCUCACUAUCACCCCUCUUUGCAAUUUUUCAUUCUCAGUUUGUCAUUCUUAUACCAUUACUAUUCUGUUCUUUGUUGCUGCUCCUACCCUUCCUCCAAUGGCACCACCCCAGACACAAACGCUUACCCCCUGGUUCAAUGGGUUGGCCAUACAUAGGAGAGACUCUCAAGCUCUACACUGAAAACCCAAAUUCCUUCUUUUCCAACAGGCAAAAACGGUAUGGGGAUAUAUUUAAGACCCACAUAUUGGGAUGCCCCUGUGUGAUGGUUUCAAGCCCAGAAGCUGCAAGGGUUGUGUUAGUGAGUCGAGCUCAUCUAUUCAAGCCAACUUAUCCACCAAGCAAAGAGAAAAUGAUAGGGCCAGAGGCUCUCUUCUUUCAUCAAGGGGCCUACCAUUCAAGGCUCAAGAAGUUGGUCCAAGCUUCCUUUUUGCCCUCAGCAAUAAGAGGGUCAGUCUCGAAGAUUGAGCAUAUUGCUCUCAAGCUUAUCCCCACAUGGAACAAUUGCACCAUUUACACCUUGCAAGAGAUGAAAAGGUACGCCUUUGAUGUGGCAAUGAUUUCGGCCCUCGGUGACCAACAUGACUUAGAAAUGGAAGGAAUAAAAAAUUUGUAUCAAUGCCUUGAGAAGGGCUACAAUUCCAUGCCUCUAGAUCUACCGGGAACUCCUUUUCGCAAGGCAAUGAAGGCAAGGAAGCUUCUGAAUGAGGAUUUGAGAAGAAUAAUAAAAAAGAGAAGGGAGAUUGGGAAACAUGGUGGAGGCUUAUUAGGAAUAUUUUUGGGAGCCGAAGACGAGAAGCAUAAUCAGCUUAAUGAUUCUCAAAUUGCUGACAAUAUAAUAGGAGUCAUCUUUGCUGCUCAUGAUACAACUGCGAGUGUCCUAACAUGGAUUCUAAAGUAUUUGCACGAUAAUGUCAAUCUCCUAGAAGCCGUGACGAAGGAACAAGAAGGAAUUCAACGCAAACUGUUUGAAGAAAAUCGUGGGCUUACGUGGGAUGAUACUCGGCGCAUGCCAUUGACUGGCCGGGUGAUUCAAGAAACACUAAGAACUGCAAGUAUACUCUCUUUCACAUUCAGAGAAGCUGUAGAAGAUGUUGAAUUUGAGGGCUACUUCAUUCCGAAGGGUUGGAAGGUUCUGCCUCUCUUCAGAACCAUUCAUCACAGUGCUGAUUUCUUCCCUCAACCCGAAAAGUUUGACCCUUCAAGAUUCGAGGUGCCACCUAGACCUAACACGUACAUGCCGUUUGGGAAUGGAGUGCAUGCUUGUCCAGGAAGUGAGCUGGCUAAGCUAGAGACUCUCAUUCUUCUACACCACCUCACCACUUCUUGCAGGUGGCAAGUUGUAGGAGACGGAGAAGGUAUACAAUAUGGCCCUUUUCCUGUACCCAAACAAGGUUUACCUAUAAAGGUUACUCCAAGGAACAAGAAAUGAAUCUUGAAAAGUAUUAAGUGUGUUUUGAGUUCUUGACGAAAAUCGAAAUGUUAUCAGUGGGUAAAAAGAAAAACAAAUUUCCCCAUUGAGAGUUUCUCUGUUUCUUCUUCUUCUUCUUCUUUUUAUUUUUUAAUUUAUCAUUUCUCCAUUUUUCAAUUGUAUUUGCAAACUUUCUUGUUAGGAUUUAGUAUGUAAGAUGAGUGGGUCAGUAUCAAAUGCAUUAUUAAUCUUUGUGUAACAUAUAUCAAAAUCCCCUUCAACAAGAGUAAUUGUUUUUUGCAUUUUGUGAA